UUGAUCAUCAAGGUAGCAUUCGAUUUUCCAGAAAAAGAAAUGGCUGCUAUGAACAACAAAACUAUCAUCAUACUCCUCUUCCUUGCUCUGGUUUCUCAUUGCUACAGUCAGUGCCAAUUGAGUGAUCUUAGGAUUGAGCAGAAACCAACAGGGGUGAAAGUGCAGGGAAAACAAGAGUGGCAAGUUUCUAUAACGGCCAAUUGUCCAUGUACUUUUUCCAAUGUGAUUCUAAAUUGUUCAGGAUUUCAAACCGUGGAGCCUGUUGACCCUUCAAUUUUGAGAGUUCAGGGACAAAACGGUCUUCUUGCCAAUGGUAACGCUGUCUCCAGAUCUAACCCUGUUACCUUCAGAUAUGCACGGGACACUUCUUUUUCCUUUAAACUUGUUAAUGCACAAAUUACUUGCUCUUAAUUUCUCAA